CUCUCCAUCGGUUACAUUCUCCUAUUCUCCUCUCUCCCACUUUCUCGAUCUCUAUCUUUUCUUUGCUCCCCCCUCCCACACUUCCCCUUCGUUUCUUCGCUGCCCCUCAAACCCUCCUCCCUGGUUCCUCCCCUCCUCCUCCAACCCCUCCCAGCCUCCCUAUCCCUCCUCUCCCUUCAAUUCUCCUCCCUUCCCUUUCAAUCCCCUCCCCUCCCUUCUCCUUCCCUUCCCUGGGAGGCAUCACUCCGUCCUGGCCCGGGGAAGGACGCAAAGCAUCUCCAACCCAGCUCCGGGGCCCUCAGUUCACGCUUCUCCAGCUCCUAGCCCUCAGUCCAUCCAUCCAUCCCUUUCUUGUCCCAGUGCCCGGAACCCCGGCGGAGUCAGCCCCCGGAAUGUGGCUCCCCUGGCUGGCUCCUGCUCCCUGGCGUCACCUGCUGCGCUGUGCCCUGUUUCUCGGGAGUGUGGUGUUCAGCCCCUCGGGCUCCUGGAUCAGCCCCGCGGGGGCAGCCACAGUCGCCCCCCCGGCUGUCCCCACCGUCGCCCCCACCGAGCCCAGUGUCUUCCUGAUCUUCACUCAGGGGCUACAAGGCUGUCUGGAGGCCCAAGAGGGACAGGUUAAGGUCACACCAGUCUGCAAUACCAGCCUACCUGCCCAGCAGUGGAAGUGGGUCUCCCGCAACCGGCUCUUCAACCUGGGCACCAUGCAGUGUCUGGGCCUGGGCACUGCCUGGCCUGGUGCCAAUGCAACCACAGCUCCAUCCCUGGGCACCUACGAGUGUGACCGAGAGGCCCUGAGCCUGCGCUGGUACUGCCAGACACUGGGGGACCAGCUGUCUCUGUAUCUGGGCGGCCAGACAGGGAACACCUCAAAGACUGUCCUCUCUGAUCGAGGAGACCAGACAAGGGGCAGCCAAUGGCGAAUCUAUGGGAGUGAUGAGGAUCUGUGCUCUGUACCCUACUACGAGAUCUACACAAUACAAGGAAACUCCCAUGGGAAGCCCUGCACCAUCCCCUUUAAAUAUGACAAUCAGUGGUUCCAUGGGUGCACCAGUACUGGCAGAGAAGAUGGGCACCUCUGGUGCGCCACCACCCAGGAUUACGGCAAGGAUGAGCGCUGGGGCUUCUGCCCCAUUAAGAGUAACGACUGUGAGACUUUUUGGGAUAAGGACCAGCUGACAAACAGCUGCUACCAGUUUAACUUCCAGUCUACGCUGUCCUGGAGGGAGGCCUGGGCCAGCUGUGAGCAGCAGGGAGCCGACCUGCUGAGCAUCACUGAGAUCCAUGAGCAAACGUACAUCAAUGGGCUGCUCACUGGCUAUAGCUCUACCCUCUGGAUUGGACUCAAUGACCUGGACACCAAUGGUGGCUGGCAGUGGUCUGACAACUCUCCCCUUAAGUAUCUCAACUGGGAAAGCGAUCAGCCAGACAACCCCAGUGAGGAGAACUGCGGGGUGAUCCGGACAGAGUCAUCUGGCGGCUGGCAGAACCGGGACUGCAGUAUUGCUCUGCCCUAUGUCUGUAAGAAAAAGCCCAAUGCUACUUUGGAGACCUCCCUACAGCCUGACUCCUGGACUGGUGUAAAGGUCGAAUGUGAGCCGAGUUGGCGGCCCUUCCAAUCCCAUUGCUACCGAUUGUUGCAAGAGAAACGGAGCUGGCAUGAGUCCAAGAAGGCAUGUCUGAGGGGGGGUGGGGACCUGCUCAGCAUCCACAGUCUGGCAGAGCUUGAGUUCAUCACCAAGCAGAUAAAACAAGAGGUGGAAGAGCUAUGGAUUGGUCUGAAUGACCUGAAGCUGCAGAUGAACUUUGAGUGGUCAGAUGGGAGUCUGGUACAGUUCACCCACUGGCACCCCUUUGAACCCAACAACUUCCGAGACAGCCUAGAGGACUGCGUCACCAUCUGGGGACCGGAGGGACGCUGGAAUGAUAGCCCCUGCAACCAGUCACUGCCAUCCAUUUGCAAGAAGGCAGGCCAGGUUAGCUUGGAGACAGCAGAGGAAGAUCAUGGAUGCCGCAAGGGUUGGACCUGGCAUAGCCCCUCUUGCUAUUGGCUGGGAGAAGAUUAUGUCACCUACAGUGAAGCCCGCCGGAUGUGUAUGGACCAAGGUGCUACCUUGGUCACCAUCACCAACAGAUUUGAACAAGCCUAUGUUAGCAGCCUUAUUUACAGCUGGGAUGGCAAAUACUUCUGGACAGCCCUUCAGGACAUCAAUGGGACAGGCUCCUUUCACUGGCUUAGUGGGGAUGAGGUUAUGUAUACCCACUGGAACCGGGACCAGCCCGGCUACAGUCGAGGGGGGUGUGUGGCCUUGGCUACCGGCAGUGCCAUGGGACUGUGGGAGGUGAAGAACUGCACCACAUUCCGGGCUCGGUAUAUCUGUCGCCAAAACUUGGGUACCCCAGUGACACCUGAGCUGCCUGGCCCUGACCCCACACCAAGCCUCACUGGCUCCUGCCCCCAGGGCUGGGCAUCUGACCUCAAGCUCCGACACUGCUAUAAGGUAUUCAGCUCAGACCGACUACAAGACAAGAAGAGUUGGCCCUUGGCCCAGAGUGCAUGCCAAGAGAUGGGAGCCCAGCUGCUUAGCCUGGCCAGCUAUGAGGAGGAGCACUUUGUAUCCAACAUGCUCAACAAAAUCUUUGGUGAGUCAGAGCCUGAGAUUCAGGAGCAGCAUUGGUUUUGGAUUGGUCUGAACCGACGAGACCCCCGAGCUGAGCGAAGCUGGCGCUGGAGUGAUGGCCUAGGGUACUCCUAUCACAAUUUUGACCGUAGUCGCCAUGACGAUGAUGACAUCCGGAGCUGUGCGGUGCUGGACCUGGCCUCCCUGCAGUGGGUGGCCAUGCAGUGUGAGACACAGCUCGACUGGAUCUGCAAGCUUCCCAAAGGAGUUGAUGUAAAGGAGCCUGAUGUCAGCCCACAAGGCCGGAAAGAGUGGAUUCGCUUCCAGGAGGCUGAGUACAAAUUCUUUGAGCAUCACUCCACUUGGGGGCAAGCCCAGCGUAUUUGCACGUGGUUCCAGGCUGAGUUGGUGUCCGUGCACAGCCAAGCGGAGCUGGACUUCCUAGGACACAGUCUGCAGAAGUUCUCCCGAGGGCAGGAGCAACACUGGUGGAUUGGCCUGCACACUUCUGAGAAUGACGGGCGAUUCAGAUGGACAGACAAAUCCAUCGUAAAUUUCAUCUCCUGGGCACCAGGGAAACCACGGCCCUUUGGCAAGGACAAGAAAUGUGUUUAUGUAACAGCCAGUCGAGAGGACUGGGGAGACCAGAGGUGUCUGACAGCCUUGCCAUACAUCUGUAAACGCAGCAAUAACACCAGUGAGAAGCCUCCCCUGGACCCGCCUCUCUCCCUCCUCCCUGGCGGCUGUCCCACUGGCUGGAACCAGUUCAUCAACAUGUGCUUCCGAAUCCAAGGCCACGACCCAGCAGAACGAGUUAAGUGGUCAGAGGCCCAGCAUAUAUGUGAACAGCAGGGAGCCCAGCUGGCCACUAUUGCUAACCCCCUGGAACAAGCCUUCGUCACAGCCAGCCUACUCAAUGUGACCUUUGACCUCUGGAUUGGCCUCCAUGCUACCCAGAAGGAGUUCCAGUGGGUGGGGCAAGAACCUAUGCUCUACGGGAACUGGGCACCUGGGGAGCCCUCAGGACAUAGCGACUCUACUAGUAGUGAAAAACCGACCAACUGUGUUGUCAUCGGGCACAGCUCCUCUCCCUAUUUCAUUGGACGCUGGGAUGACAGGAAUUGCCUAGAAGAGACACAUGGUUUCAUCUGCCAGAGGGGCACAGAUACUUCACUGAACCCCUCUCCAGAUGCCUUACCGCCUGCUCCGGGCACCGAGCUCUCCUACCACAAUAGUGUCUUCCGGCUACUGCAGAAGCCUCUUCGCUGGCACGAAGCCCUCCUGCUCUGUGAGAGCCUAAACACCAGCCUGGCUGAAGUGGACAACCCUUACACUCAGGCCUUCUUGACCCAGGCUACCCAUAGCCUGCACACCCCACUCUGGAUUGGGCUGUCAGAGGAGGAGGGCUCCCGACGUUACUCAUGGGUGUUAGAUGAACUCAGCUAUGCAAACUGGAAGGAUGGAGAGCCCCAGCUGCCCGGGGGCUGCGGCUACUUGGAUGUGGAUGGGACCUGGCGAACGACCAGCUGUGACACCAAACUUCAGGGGGCAGUGUGUGGGGUCAGGCAAGAAUUCCAACUCCCUCGAAAGGUGAGCCACUGUCCCCAUGCCCUGGCUGACUCAGCAUGGAUCCCCUUUCGGGAACACUGCUAUUCUUUCCACAUGGAGCUGAUGUUGGGCCACAAGGAGGCGCUGCAGCGCUGUCAGAAAGCGGGUGGUGCCAUCCUGUCUAUCAUGGAUGAGAUGGAGAAUGUUUUUGUCUGGGAACACAUGCAAAGUACAGAAGGACAAAGUGGAGGAGCCUGGCUAGGCAUGAACUUUAACCCCAAAGGGGGCACUUUGGUCUGGCAGGACAACACAGCUGUCAACUACUCAAACUGGGGUCCCCCAGGCUUGGGACCCAGUAUGCUCAGUCACAACAGCUGCUACUGGAUUCAGAGCAGCAGUGGCUUUUGGCGUCCUGGAGGGUGUACCAACAUCACCAUGGGUGUUGUCUGCAAGCUUCCCCAGGUUAAAGAGGGCAGUUUCUCCUCCUCAGUGCUCCAGGAGAACCCGACGGCCUUGGUGGUGGCGGUGCUGGCAGUCGUGGCUCUCCUGGUCCUCCUGGCUGUGGCCGCACUCUUGUACAAGCGACGGCGCAAUCCUGACCGAGGGGCCUUUGAGAGUGCCCGCUAUAGCCGCAGCUCCUCUGGCCCCGGGGAGGUGGCUGAGAAGAAUAUACUGGUGUCUGACAUGGAGAUGAAUGAGCAGCAGGACUAGAGCUUGGGGGCCGUGUCGGGGUGGGGCUGGGCGGGGGGCAGGGCAGGACCAGGGAAGGAUGAUUAGUGGGAGGCUGCCCAGCCUGUCUAGCUGUGUAAUGGGAGAGCUGAGCAGGGACUCUGGGACCUGGGAUGGGCUCUGGGCAAGCAGAGUGGAGUGGAGUGAGGAGUGGAGAGCUGGGCUGAGGGUGGCUGUUGAUUUUGCUGGACACAGCAUCGUGGGCUCCCCUUCUCAGGGGUGUGUGGAAUCCUGAGGGAAGCAGGAAAGGGGGUGGGGGUAGAUUGCUGCUCAGAGCCAGGGGCUUUGCCUAUCCUUUGUGCCUGUUUUCCCUUUAGUCACAGUCCUGGCUUCCCUGCUUACCCACUGUCACCUCUUUGGUCUACAAUGUCUUUGGCACCUUCUUCCUGGUUCCUCAGGCAGCUCUAAGUGACCUCUAUCCCUCCAGUCUCCCUGAUCCUUCCUGUUCUCCUUCCCUACCACAAACCCACUGUCACCUUCUAGUUGUAUCAAGUUUUAGGGGAGAGGGAGGCCUCCGUCUCUAUCUGGCCAGUCGCUGCUGGAUUUUCUGUAGGCCUGAUCCCUAGAAAUGGUGGAGCCACUCCUCUUGCCCUCCCACGUUUGAAUGGAGAAUCCUGGGGAAGGGAAGUGGGGAGAAGUUAGGAAGAAUGCCUGCUGGCCAGAGGCGCACUGACCCCUAGAACAUAGGCCUCUGUAGAACCCAGGGUUAGAAUGAUGGAUGGGGUAGCAAUGGAUUGAGCUGUCUGGGCAUGAGGCACAGCCCCUAUGACCAAGCAGCAGCCCAAGGUAGUAAUUUCUAUCUACUGGGAGUGGCCAACAUUGGGGGAGGGGUUGGGGGAGGGGGUUGCUGAGAGACCGACUGAAGGGACUGCUGCACUGGGCACCUUGAUCAGCUCCAAGCUGGCCGUCAAGCUGGGCUGAACUGAGCUGGAGGCAGCUCCUGCAGGUCGGGGGAGGGCCUCACUCUAGGGAACCAGUCCCCCAUGGGGACUGAAGUUUCUUAUCUUCUCCAUUCCUGGCUCUCAUGGCAGGUUUGGGGGUGGGCAGGUGGGGGAGGACAACAAUUCCACUAGUCCUGGGGGAGGGACUGGAGCGGGGCAUCAGAGAGGGCAGAGCUGGGUUUCUGUGAGGUUGAAGGUUCCAUGAUGAGAGCCCUGGACCCAUGCAUGGUGACCGACAUACGCUGUCUAGGGGAGCAGAGAGAAAUGGUUCCAGAGCUUACAGAAGAGAAGCUGGGGCCAGCUCAGCUCAGCUCAGCUCAGCUCAGCUCAGCUCAGGAGAUUCCAUCCAACUAUCUUUCAAAGUAUCAUUUGCAAGUGACAAGAAUCCCAGGAAGGCUCAAGCUGGGCCUGGUUACCAGGCACAGGACAAUGUGAACAUGGACUCAAGGACACGGUCACUUUUUUGUAGUUUUUAAUUUUUUAAAAAAGACAUUUCAUUGUUUCUUAAAAAAAAAUAAUAAAAGACCUUCAAGAGA